CCGUUCAGUAAUUUUGGUGCAAUCAGUUUUCGGUUCGAUAUUUGUAAAGCCUACUUUAAAGAUAUUUAUUUUUGUUUUAGUUUGUAAGAAUAACUUGAAUAAUAAGAAUAGUUAAGACUUAAGAGUGUAUUAGAGUACCAUUAUCAUCGUACUCCUAUAUGCUUUAUACUUAUGCCUUAUACAAACUCCAUAAAUCACGAUAAACCAUAUCCAUAACACGUGAGACACGUAGGCCUAACUUCGCCUAAUCAUACCGCGAGUGUUGAUAACCUCGCAAUAUAUCAGCUAGCUAGUACUACUCCACGUUCUACUAGUACUACACUACUACUGCUAUUGUAGAUUUGUAGUAAUCUGUAAUUCCAAAACAAAGUAUUUUAAAUGAAAUCCAACUCGUAAACGAGUAAAUGUAUCCUACUUCCUCUCCCUAUAAAUACCCCCCUCCUCCAUCAUAAUUAUCAUACUCAUUCAUAAAUCAAGCACAGUACUACAGUAGAUUAGAUCAAUCACUUAAAUCAUCACACGCCAUAAAAAAAAAAAAAAAAAAAAAACAGUCCCCAAGUUCUCUCUCUUCUUAGAAACUUCCCCCAAAGAAAAUGGCAAGAAUAGUUGCUCUCCGACCUCGCGAUUGUUUGCGUAACCCUAACCAAUCUUCUCGUUGUCGUCGCCGUAAAAGGAGUCCAUUCGGCGGAAAUCGCCGAUCAAAUCGUGAUUCUCUCUCAACAUCGCAGCCAUCAAAGAAGCUUGAGAUGGAACAGGUGAAGAUCCUUAAAAGAGGCAAAGAAUUGAAGGCGAAGUUGUUAUUUGGAGGAGAAAACAACGAUUUAGGGUUAAAGUUAUGUUCUACGGCUCGUUUAGGUCCAGAUACAGAUGAUGUGAAGAAAGAAAUUCAGGUACCGGAGCUUUACGCUGGAUCGGCGUCGAUAAUUUCACCUCCUCCGAGUUCGCUACCUUUUCCGUCGUUUUUGGCUCGAAGAAAUCUGAUGGAGAGUAAUUUGAGGAAAUUGCAGAAUUUGAAUUUGACCUAAUUCGGUGGUUUCAGAAAGUUCUGAUGGAGAACGAUCAAAGAAAGUAGUGAAUUGAAGAUUUGAUGCCGUUGAAAAGUUGAGAAC